UUUUAACUCUUCUAUGAACACUGGAGGUCUGUCCCCGCUCAAGGAGAAACUGCCCUGUGUUUCAGUCAGGUAAAUACAUAUUGGAAAAAAUCUUAAAAAUCUUUCAAGUGAAAACAGACUUCACACUGCUGGAGAGAAUCUUAUGUGCGCUGCUGCUGCGUCUAUUACGGUUGCUUAAAGUUUCUUCCAAGACCUCUAUGAAUGAUCAGAAAAGUCAAGAAGACAAGAAGAGAAGAGGAGACACAAUGACACUAUGGAUGAAAAGAAUUAAUUAACAGAGAGCUGUUUCUACUUUUCGAAAUAAUCCAGGACAUAAAGACCAUUGUGAAGGUAAGUGAGUUUGUGCGCGCUUUAGUCUACCGGAUUAUCUUCAUAUAAUCUGAGGAACUCUCACCUGCACUGUGCUCUGUGUUGAAAUAAAUUCACUGAAGUCAGGUGUUUUAAUCGCUCCUUCUGUUAUUUCUUUAUCAGAUAUUACCUUUUUGACCGUUAAAUAGUCCCAUAUUCUUUUCUUAAUCUCUGUGCGCAACAUAAACUGUGUUUGACACGAUGGAAUACACUGAAAUAAGAAAAAAAAAACAGGUGCGUUGUAGGCUUGUUGAUAGACAGAUGUGAAGUGAUUUAAACUGGUUAUUAGUAACAACUGCUGCAAGACUGACAACUGGAGAAUUUAAAAGUUAGUUUGGUGGUGUCAGUGACUGAAACUACAUCCAAAACACACACUUUUUUCGUGGACAGAAGCAAUAUUCUUCUGGUUUCCAAGGACCCUGGACUCUUGAAUGCUGUUUUAUUUCAUGUGUAAUCAGUUGAUUAUAGGAAAUUUGUUUUUGGCAAAGCAUUAAGGCACAACUUGGUCACACGUGCUCAUUUCACUUCUAAUUAAGGUGACAUCACGUGGACAAAUAUGCAUUAUAUCAACAAAAUGUUACCUUCCUUCAUUUCCCAUCAUGCAUGAGCAUCUGGGUUAUGAAAAAUUUCCAGUCACAUGCAGAAGAUUUCCAUCGAUUUCAUGUUAUGAUCGCAGAUAAUAUCAAUCUGGUUAAAGAAAUAUAGUGUUAGGCUAUUAAUAUCACACGUAAAUGGCAAAUUUUAGAUCAGACCAGGUAAUUUAAGUCACUAGUGUGACAAUCUGUUUGUAGCACAUUGCGACCGGAAACACCUGAAGACUGAGGAACCCAUGUACACGCGACAGGUGUCAACACAGUGUUUAUUGCUGGACUUCACAAGAUAACACUGGCUUUAAAGUAACAACAGACUCCUGCUGAAGCCCUCAUGUUUAAACUACUAAUUUCAAAGGUAAAAACUGCUCUUCAUGUGCUUCAGUCUCCACUAAAUUUAGAGAAAAAACUUCAGCGUGACUUGAAGCUACUUUUCCGAAGUAAACAUAGAAGAGGAUGAUCAUUGAUGGUAUUUUGUCAAUAUAUUUUCACUGGCUACCCAGACAUAAAGUUAAUAAAUAUAAAGGUAAUAUCUACAUUAAAAUAAGAUCUAGCUCUGUCAUCACUAACCUAAUAAAGAGAAAUUAUUCAGUUCUCGAAGGAAAAGUUUGUUGCUUCAACAGUUUCAGUGCAGCAUGAAACUAGUUGGAUAUUUCUGCACUGUAGUGUCAAUACUUGUAUUCUGUUCACAGAUCUAAGUAAUACUUUUUCUCAUCAAACUAAGACCCCCGUUUUUCAAAUUCUAAUCUCAGACGACUACAGAAGCUCAAGUUGCAUACUUUGAUUGCCAUGUUUAUUAAUCCCUGUGUUUUCUUUUGUGUUUAUCACAUUUUUUUUCUCUAGAUUUUGCAGUUUGUACUACAUGGAGUGUCAAUUAUUGUUGAUAAAUGUCUAACUUUAAAGGCAUAAAAUUAACUUGACCAUCAUGGUGUUCAAAAGUUGAAGUAUUGUUAUAUCUGAAGAUCACUUGGUUUGUAAGGUCUUCAUUAACAUCAGUUAGGUUUCUGAGUGAACCCUUGUGCGGUUUGUUUGAGGUGUGAAAGCAAAGCAGACCAUCUUGUAAAGCAGAGACAGGAAGUGGCAGAAAGCACAGUGCAUCUGUCUGUGUGUCUAUGACUAGCUUGGCAUCAGCGUUACCAUGGUGACACAUUGUCUCAGGCUCUCAUUUGGGCUCCACGUCUUCAAUAAUGAUUUAUUUGUCUCAUGUGAAAACAAACAUGCUGACAGCUCGCUGCAUCACCUGCAGCUCAUAGUGGGCCCCUUCUUAUCAAAAACAGUUAUAAUCUGGACACCAAAGAAAAGCAGGACCAACAUUCCAGUGUUUGGUGUUGCUCUUUUAUUACUGCGGUGUCUAAGCUGAUGAAAGGGGUGGAUUUACUCACUGUUUAACAAGCCGUUUUCUUCUUCUCUUUACAUUAAAUUAUUCUGUGUAAACGCAGAGGCCCAUUGGUCACGUAAAACUUGAAAACAUUCCUUUCUAGUGCUUUCCUUCUCUAUCUGGUCCUUGGUCUUGUCUUUCCUGCAGUCUUACUUACAUCCUGUGCCAGACUUCAGUCACCCUUAAUAAGCCAGAAGAUCCUUUGAACUAGCAGGCGAUGCUUGGCUGAUAAAGGUUAGAGCAGGUCUCACUUUGACAAGCAGGCGCUCAUGUCCUUAGACCAUCUGAUGGAUGUGUUUGCUCAGGGUGAUUAAAAAAUGUCAGAAUAAACCAAAUGCUCUGUUUUAGGCUCUAAAAGGAGCUUUGUCUCCAGUCCCAGCCCUCAUACUUCUCUGUGUGUGGAUAAUGAGUGCAGGGCACUAAUGGAAACUCUAUUUUCAGCUAAAUCCACUGAAAGAUUAAGAGUCCUAUUAAUGCAGUCAUAUAUAAAUUUCAUGAACAAUGGCAGCCUGGAAAGAGGCGACAGUGACCGAGAUAAAAGGCUAAUAAUAGGCAGAUAUGACGGGGGCUCUGUGUGUGGUCAGUCUUACAGGAUUAUUGUAUUAUUAAAUGAGCACAUAACUCAAGGUCUGCUCCAACACAGGCAGAGGUGUCUGCAGCCUGGAGGGGUUUGACCAUAGACUGUAUAUAGAAUGGACGCUGUCUGCCUCCUCAAAGCCACUGUGAGAACAGCACCCUCUGGUGACAGGCUGCAGUAUAGGUCAUAAAUCCCACCUCCCCCAGCAAUCCCUAUGAAGUUGUGGAUAAUCGUCAGAAAUUUAGCAUACAGAAUAUAAAUUUUUCUCCCCCCUGCUUGCGAUGUUGACAUGUAGUUACAGUAAGACUGGUUUGUGCUCAAGUCCUCUUUUUUCUGUACAGCUCCAUUUUUAAAAGUUAUUAGGGGGGUUCAUGUUUUCUAUGAUUGAUACCUGAUACAGUCUAUGGGCGUACGAAGAUUGCGUAGCUUACCCGGGGGAUACACUGUUUAAGCAGAGUGUCAUCACAGUGGCAAUUCUCCCGCCGAAUGCGCACAAUGCUACUGCACAAGUGGUGGAGUGCGUAUAACGCUACUGUGCAAUGUUGGUUCAGGAAAUGGAGAAAGAACCCACGAAUACCGAGAGCUUUUUGGCUUCAAAUGCGCAUACUAGCGGAAGGCGGAGCCAAGUAGUCCAUAGUAUAUACAGUCUAUGGGUUUGACACUGACCAGUGUACUUCUGAGAGCUGGUGAUGUGAUCAGUUAGGACUCAUCAGGAAAGGUUAGUGGGAGGAAGUCUGCCGCCAACUUAAGGAGAGGCCAACUGAGUCCACAGGAAAGAGCUUUGUCUGCAGGCAGAGUGCAGGUGAACCUCCCUUCCUCAUAAAGGUGUGAGCGUCGGUAAACUUAAUAUCACUUCCAGGUAUUAGGUUUGAUGAAAAUACGGGGAGUUACUUCGCUGUACUCAGUAUUUGUCUGGAGCUAAAGGAACAAUUUGGAAUACACUGAAAACAACAGCACCUCAAUUACAAUCAUACAUGAUUCUCCAGAGGUCAUAUUCAGGAAGCUUCCAAGUCUGAAGAGUUGAUCCUAUUGAAGAAAUUCUAAGAAAAUUCUGAGAAUAUGACAGUUUCUUAGGGUUUACUCUCAAAAUUUAGACUAGAUCUAUUUAAAGAUAAAAGUGAAUAAAAAAGCAUUUUAGAGAGCUCUUAUGAUGAAAAUGUUUGGAGGAGUGAGGAUGACUUUUAAGAGGCUUAAGAGUUUCUAAGGCUGGGGAGGAGCUUGUAGAAAGAUGGUGAAAUUUCACCCCAAAGUGUGCUCCUAUGAAUUAAUGCAACAAUGCUUGAAGAAUAGUGACCAUAAGAUAUUUACCCAUUUCACUCAGGAUUUUGUUUUUGUUUUGGCAGAGGGUUGGAUGGAUGCAAUCUCCGGGGUACGGUAUAUUAGAGAAGUGAGGUACCUCUUCCCUGACGAGAUGACAGGCCCUAGUUUCACUCAUGUUAGAAAGCACAAGCACAGUGAGACAAUGGACCCAAAUCUCUGGAAGGAGAUCUCAGUGAUUUCAGCUCCAGUUGGCCCUGUGUGUGUUUGAGGCUGACAGGGUCAACGCCAGGACUCUGCCAGCAGUCCUAAAACUCAGAGACAGCUCCCUCAGGCCUGGGAGCGCCUGUGUUUAAUGUCAGCGGUCAAAGGUGAAUGCACAAUAACUUUCUUCUUUUGAAGAUAGUCCUGUAGAUCUGGGCUGGACCCAAACUUUCACUCACAUCUCUUCUAAAAACCUGAACCAGGACACACAGCUCAGAUAUCUGCAACUUUUAAACCCUAAAAAAGAUGAGACAAUAGUUUGUGUCAUGAUAGUUUUUUAAGUCUUGUAAACGUUUUGUAGUAAUUUACCUUUUUACUCUUUGAAAGACUCAGUUUAAAGUUGUAGCCUCAGUUUUGUUCCCACUGGUGACCUCUGAUUUUUUCCUCCUUUAAGCUUACAGGCCAGUCCACCUGAUGUGCUGUUAUCCUAAAAACAUCAGUUGAUGCUAAGGCUGACCACUGACAGUUAAUGAGCUGUUCACAGAGGGUUGGUGACGUCGCUCAUUUGUUUGUGAAGUGGUAUCUUCAAGUCUUUUGGUGGUGGUCAACAGGCCUCCUUUCAAAGCUACAGUGUGCUCACCUGUCAGCCAAGCCAGCUGUACCUCAGAUUAACCAGUCUGGUACUCUUACUAUCUUCAAAACAGAUAGUAAAAAAAAGAAUAAAUUCAGGAUAGUGGGUGCUGUGGAAGCCCAGAGAUAUUCAGACUAGCAGUAUGUUUUGAACCAGUCAGUAAACAUGUUUAUUUUUGCUCUAAAGAUGGGCAUUUUUGAAUAAGUGUGUAUGUGGUUUCUGGUACUUCUGCAGACAGCCUCAAGUGGACACUUGGAGAACUGCAGUGUUUAGCUCUUCAGCAUUGGCUUCAUUUCUCCAGAGUGGAGGUUGACACAUGUUUCUUAUUCAUUGUUGCUUACAUGUUAACAAUUGACACAGCAAUGCCACAUAAGUUUCGUGUGUACUCAAAAUUUAAGAGUUUGUUACUAACAUAUAACAUUUUUUUAAGACUGGGCACUAAAAUUUAUCCGAUUCUGUGGUUUAUUUGCCAAAGUAAUUAAUUGACAAAUGCAGCAGACAUGGUAAACUUUGCACCUGUUAAAGAUCAGCAUGUUGGCAUUGCCACUUUGAGCAUCACAGAUGACUUAUUAACAUGUUUAUAUGUCCUUGUUAAUAAAAAAAAAAAAUCAACUUUUUGCUCCAAAAACCUUGAACUAAUAUAUUACUGAAGUGAUGACCUGGCGCAAACUCAGCUGGACACAAUCAGCCCUUUCCCCUGCCAUGUUGUAAUUUCUCUGUAAGAGAUAAGGACAAAGGAGCAGUUUGUUUUGGGUAGUGUGGCUGACUAGGAAACACGCUCUUAUCUCCCUUUUUUUCAGAGCAGGAAAUUGCUGCUCAUCACCUCUUUUAUUGAAAAGACAGACAAUAAAAAGUGGUCUUUUUUUUUUUUUUUUGUUUAUUUGGGAGUAAGACUAGGAGACCUCUGCUCCUUAUUGUCCACUCCUUACAUUUAACUAAUCUCAUGGCAAGGGUUGCAGUUUGGCCUAAAUUGGCUCUGUUUGUUGGUGUUGCUUGCUUUAUUUAAAGACUAAAUGUGAAUAAAUAUAAAUGAAUGUAGAGACUCAGAAACAUUUAUUACUGUUUUACAUGUCAAAGACUUGUAGUGAUAUAUCUGGCAGAAGUUCAGUGAACAUAUGAACAUCAUUAGAGUAUCAAUCAAUGCUACCAAUGCAUAGACUCACUUCAUCCAUGCAUGCAUUCUCUCACUACUUGCUUCUUCGUUGCCCUGAUCCAUAACACACAGAAUCUGCUGUGGCUCUCUGUUUAGCUGUGCAGGACUGCUCCAGGGUUACAUUUCCAUUUGUAAGCUGCAGACUAACUCUGUACAUGUUUGAUUCCAACAUGCCAUGCUUUUUACCUGCAGAUGUUUGUUUUGCAUUUGGAGUAAGCAAUGAAAACAAAUCUUUGCUGUCAGAGUCAAACUGUUGGAUUUUGCUGUUGAUUUUUGGUGUAAUCUAGUCAACAACAUUGUCAAAAGCUGGUAUACUAAUCAUAACCUGAACAAUACUAGAACCUUUACUCUGAUUGGUACUGUUUAUCUGCAACUCAUGUCAAAGAUGAAUAAUGUAAGGUGGCUCACUUACAAGCUACUUUUAUGCACACUUAAUGAGGUGAUCAUUAUUGUUAUUUACCUGUAGAUUUUUGAUUUUGGAAGUUCUGAACAAAAAUGGUUUGGUAUGAAUAUGUGCACCUUUAUACCCCAAACGCACAUAUAUCAGAAUAUCUCUCCAGAGGAUGCUUUGCGGGACUGCUGAGUCACAUGAUGACUCAGAGCCAUAGUUAGUCUGAUUAUAGAUUCAAGAUUACUGCUUGAAUGCUUUCUUAAUUCUUGGUUGCCAUUUCACACACUGCAUUGAUGCUGUGACAGUUGGCUGGGAUUUUACGGAUACUAACACAGGUCUGAGGGCAAACAGAAUGCAACCUUUAAUGGAAUAUGUAUGUAUGUAUGUAUGUAUGUAUGUAUGUAUGUAUGUAUGUAUGUAUGUAUGUACAUAUUUAUAUAUGUAUGUAUGUAUUUUUACAUAGGGUUGUUUGAGGUAGUUUUUAAAGACACAUAACUUGAGAUGGCAGUCAGCGUGGCUUGUUUGGAGAAGAUAGCUGUGAUCGUUCCACAGCCGUAGAGCUGAAGUCACUGUGUGUGGAUAAAACACCCCCUAAAACCUCCGUCAAAAAAAACCCUGAGCUACUGCUUCAAGUACAAUUGAAACACAAUCCAAUCAAAAAAUUCAGUUACAUAAAGCUCUGGUGAGGAACUUUCAGUUUUUGUCAUGAUUAUGUAAAAAAUCUUAUCCUGCUGAUUAUUAAAAGUCAACAUCUGACUCACCUAGUCAACAUUGUAAAACAUUAAAUCAAUGUUUUAAGUAUGCAAAAUAACUACUAAUUUUAUCCGUAGUUCUAGUGUAUCUUUAUUCUUUACAUAUAUUGUGUAUUUGACCAUAUAUGUUUUUUUUUCUUUUCUGUAAGUAUGAUGCUGGAAUUUUAAUUUCCUUAAAGGAACCUUCCCAAAAGGAUAAACUAAAUUGUAUCUAAUCUAAUCUAGAUAUACAGAUGUGCUGCCUAAGAUCAGCAGCAGAGCUUUUUUGAAUCAAGGCCUGGUGAUUGUAUAGGUUUGAGGACUUGUUGUACAGCGCUGUUACCAUGCAGUACUCCACAGCAGAGACACGUGUCACCCCGGCUUGGCUUGCCACCCUGCGGUUAAAGUUACUUGGCCUGGACCUUUGUAAAAAUCCUAUUAGACUGGUCUCUUGUCUACUGUCCAAGCAGCAGCAUCGACUGUAUCAGCAGUGAACCCAUUACAGAUGAGCAUGCGAACAUGCUCACAGUACAGCAGAGAUUACAUGUUAGAGUUGCAUCAUGGACUUUUUAUAAAGUGGACACACCUACCUGAAUGUCAGUGAUUAGUUUGUAGCAGAUUGCUGUGGAGUUGUGGCUGCUAAACUACUCUUUGUUUGAGUCACUAGUAAAAAAAAACUUGGAUUAGAGCAUGGAUACACACCGCUUAGUCUGUAACCUGGUCGGCAGGUCGCCACUCAAUCAGUCAAUCAGAGGACGCCCUGCUCUACAGGAUACCCUACCUCACAUAGCAGUCUGUUUAACGAGGUUUGAUCAUAUUCAGUGAAUGCAUGGACUCUUCAGAGGUGUUUUAAUUGUUCUUUUUGCAAAUGAGUGACAAGCCUAAUACUGUCAUUUUACACAUCUGUAAAACAAGUAAGAUAUGAGAGAUUGUAAAUUGUGCGCCUCCACUACCUCGCAUUUAGACUGAGUGCUUACUCCAAGAUCGUCUUUAUUAAAGACACUAGCCUUUAAAGGAAUAUUCCUGCACAAAAUUAAGUCAGGGUUAAACAGACCGUAACACCAAGUUAGACGCUCCCUCGAGAGAUGAAUGUUGCCGACUGCUUGCUUCUCUAGUUAUACUAACUUUAGUAAUGAACGCAUGAUAGCAAUACACAGCGUCUCCAUGCACACACCUCAACCAAAAAGCCAUUCUAUAGCCACAAAUGAUGCUCAGCACCUAACUUCAUCAACAGUUCAUAUAGGGUCCCAGCCAUAGUCACAGCCAUCAAACAUCUUUUUAGCUUGGCCUGGUUUCUUUGGCAAAGAGACUAAACACAACUCACCUUCUCUCCUCCAGCAGCCACUUGUUUGUGGGGGGAGCCCUGACGAAUCGAUCACAGAGUGCAGCGGAUCAUUUCUAUGAAGUAAUAAUCAUCAUAAUAAUCAUUUUGCAUGACAGGAGCGGUAGUUCUUUUGCCUUAGCAUCUCAGUCUGAUUGCACUUCCAUGAAGUAAUUAUCAUAAAUGUUCUUCCUUGAGCUGAGAAACUCCACUGCACUCAGUCAAGUGACUUUUUGGUCGAGGUUUGCGCAUGGAUCCAUAGACCGCUGUAUAUUGCUAUUGUGCAGAUGUCACUAAAGUUGGUAUAUCUCGAGAAGCAAGAGGGUGUUUAACUCAGUAUUUCAGUGUGUUUGACCCUCACUUAAUUUUACGCCAUAUUAUCCCUUUAAAUGUAACUCCUAUAUGUUACAUGUACAAAAUGUAUUCAAAUCCCUGAUCAAAUCUGUGAGCCACUCUAUAGAGAGAUUACUUCAAAAAAUGCAGGAAGAAAGAAAGUCAUAAGAGAUCGUCUCUGUGUCUCUCUUUAAAACGGAGCACACAAAGCCUCCAGAAACACCACCUUCUGUGCCAACACAUUUUUACCUGCAGCCGAGGCAACAAGCUUUUCAAUGAGGCACAAGUGGAUCUCAAGGCCUCAUGCUGUCAGUUUUACUCUUUCCUUUUACCAAUCUACUUGGACAGGAUCAAGUCAUAUCCACUGAUAGAUGCUACGUACCUCCUGAUGUCUGUUUACAAUUUCUGCAGAGUCAUCACUCUCUCUAUUGUGACUGUAAAGUGUAUACUGUGUUAUUAUACCAGCUCUAGACAUGAGUCACUAUUGAACAGUGUGUUGACGUAUUCUUACUGCUGUUGUCAGUCCAAACAAAGUUGCAGACUGUCAACAUGUUCAGAGUGUUUUUGUGAAAAUAAACCUUAGUAGCAUGACAUGACGUGAUGAUGAACAGUGUUAUUGUGUGUUUUAAGACUGAGCUUAUUUUGCUGCGUCAUGUUCUGUUUUAACUCUUUGUUCUCCUGCAGGUUUCUCAGUCCAGUGUGGGAUGUUAACGGACUGGUGGCGCGUUGAGGCUGAAGGAGCAUGGUGAAACACCAACCCUUGCAGGUCUAUGAGAAGCAGGUCUUUCUGUCCUUUGUCACUGGAGUCUAUGGUUGGCGCUGGAAACGCUACCAACGUUCCCAAGACGACAGCUCCAGGGUAAGACUGUACCUCUUCUUGUCAUACAUAGUCAACUAUCAUUGUGACUUUGUGGUGUCCCAAGCUGCGUGCUUGUAGUUUUGCUUUUGCUUUUUUCAUGUGAGACAUCUCACAGGUCAUCAAAAACUGAUCAUAGAGUAGGAAUGUAUGUAUACACCAAACCCACAACACCAUAUGCAUUAUAACAAUAUUUUCCUCUCUGUGUUGUUAGACUGGGAUUUACUCAGUUUUCAUUUGGACUCAAAAGGAAAGACGUACUCAUUAACCUGAUAGUUUGAUAGCUGUUAUUGUUCCCUUUUACUUUAUCAUCAGUUUUGAUAAACAAAAAUAAAUCAUGCAUUUAUUUUGAAAGAGCAGAUAAAGCACUUCUGCCAGGAGCAAAUGGUAACACCUCUAUUUAAAGGGUUAAUUCAUUAUUUUUUGAAGUGUGGUUGCAUAGAGCUGGGCAAUAAAUCAGAUUUCAGUUUUGAUAAUGACUAUGGCCCCCCUUGAUCACAACAUAAUGAUAAAUCAGACUAAUCAAUAUUUUGAUGCCUGCUGUGUUGCCUUGUCGUGCCCUAAAUGUUAAGAGUGUGGGCGCCACCCCUCCCCUCAAACAGCUCUCACCUUCAUUUCAUAAAGAGCUUGGAUACACGUGAAACAGAGUUUGGGAGUGCGGUGAACUCGCAGCUCCUGCUUGGGUUAGAAUAGGCAGCCACAGGUAGUGAAAAAGGAGCAGAGGGAAGCAGGUGUGUGUAUUUGACUGUAUCUGAAAAGCAAAGGGACAAAAGUAGAUUUUUUUUUUUGUAUAGCAUCCAUUAAGACAGACAGACAUGCUUUAGUAAACGAAUAAAAGGUAAUAAUAAUAAUAAUAAUAAUACAUUUUAUUUGUUAAGCGCUUUUCACAGACUCAAAGACGCUGUACAUAACUAAAAUCAUACAUCAAUAUACAAUAAAAAUACAUCAAUAUACAAUAAAAUACAUCAAUAUCAAUUAAAAUCAAGUAAAAUCAGGUAAAAUCAACAAUCGGGGGGGGGGGGGGGGGCUAAGGAAGAUGAAAAGCAUUUCGGAAAAGGUGAGUUUUGAGCUGGGUUUUGAAUCUGGUAAGGUUGGAGCAGUUUCUGAGGUCCAGUGGGAGUGAGUUCCAUAGGGUGGGGGCAGUGACUGAGAAGGCUCUGUAGGCUAAACAUUUUUUUUCCUUUUGUUUUUUUAAAGACUUAAGUUGUUUUUAGUUUCAAAGAGGUUUGUGUAAGUUGUGAAAAUGGAUGUGAUGCAGAUGUCAAAUCAUAGGUGAUUGUUUGUAAUAAUUGUAAAAUCAAUAUCAGUCAAAAUAAUUGUGAUUUUAAAUCUCAUCAUACUCAAGCAGCCCUAUCUCUGGAUGAGUUACAUCUCUCGUAAAUGCAUUAGCCACAAUAGACUCUGCUCAGCUCUGCUCCUUUGAUGAGAAACUGCAGGGAGAAACAGGACACAAGGUUGGCCAGUUUUCUGCAAACAGGACCAGCUCUGCUUCUUACAAGGCUCUAUGAAUUCAGGGAUCACAGUAUUUGUUUUUAUUUUACAAAAAGAAUAAUCCUCUUUUUUUCAGUUUCCAGUUCACGUAUUGGAUGAUCUUAAGCACUUAACUGUACAAAAGCGUAAACUGUGGUAACAAAUGGCUUUUUUUUUGUUUUCACUGGAAUUGAUCAAAAAUCAGUAAAUUAAGGAUUUAUCCAGUGUUGAAAUUGUACUCGUUGACCACAAUCUGCUUAGGAAACAUCGGUUGCAAAUUAAAAACAGGAUUUCUAAAAGCAAAAAUGGGAAAAAUUGAAUUGUGGGCAAAAAUGAAACAAUCUAACACGGACUCUCUUCCUUAAUGCAGCACCAUCAGCUAAUCACGACUGUCAUGUUUAUGAUGCACCAGACACUGACAUAAUGAAUCUUGAUGUUUUUCAUCUCAGAUUUUGACAUAUACUUUAUUUGUUCAGGAAAGUUCCUGGAGCUGAAACAAGGGCUUUCAAAACCCUUUAUAUCAACAAACUGUAAAUUUAACAGUUCAAAUAUGAACAAACAGUCAGACAAAGAAACACUGUUGCAUGAAGUCAAUGGGCUCCAUACUGUAGGAGCAAACCUGGUGAUAAAAAUGCCUGUCAUGAAAGCACCUAGAAAAUGAUUGUUGUUCAACACGAACAGCAGCCAUCUUUGAGCAAAGUGCAUGUUUAGAAUAAAUCCUUGAGCUUCACACAAAUCUGAGAAGUUAAUAACCAUGAACCGGACUGGAUGUAAGUAAGCCAGGUCAAGAAAGUCAAAAAAUCAGAGUGAAGAGGUACUCCUCCUCUUUAGUGAAAGGUCAAAUUACUGCUGGUGCAUGCCCCCGAUCACUUAGUUCAAUGAAUUGAGAGUGGGAUCACACCAAUGGUGAACCCACCAUCUGACAAACAGGCCACUCUUUAAAUGCCAAUGAAGUGAGGGAGCACAGAGGGUAAAUCAAAUGUGUGAUAGCUGAGGACUGGCUGGGACAAACCGUUUUAUCCUUUUUGGAGAUGAUUACAUAAGAUAACAGAAAAGUCCAGAAAACAGAACCAAACCUACGAGCCCUCAGUCUUAUCACCCUUUCUCUAUGAUGAAGAGGAAGAGCACAGAAACAUGGUGAUUAAGAUAAUUGUAGGUCCUUCAGCUGUAAUUAUAGUGCAUCUGGUAAAUGCUAAUACUGUUUUGGAUGUACUGUAGCUUACAUCUCUGUUUUUAGGCUCCUCACAUGAGCAACAUUUAUCUCUACAUGAAUUAUUAUUAUGAUGCAGUCUAACUUCUUUUCUGAAGUGCCAGAACCCAAAAUAUUUUAUAAGUAUGGUAUUUAGAAAAGACUACAAUCUAGUGGAUCUUUUGUUCCAUCCGUUUGAGAUUAACCUUAUUGGGACUUAAAGGUUUUGUUAUUGAGGAAGUUGAUAAUCCUGUUAGACUGUAGCUCUCAACUUGUGUGUCACUAAAGCGGAUCUUAGAGCUGUUUCCGGAAAAGUUGUGGCCAAAAGUCUUCCCUCAGCCUUCAUCAGUAGGAUGUGUGUCCUGUGACACCGUGCAGUUGUAGCAGUAUGGUUGUUCAUUCAAACUUCAACGCAGUUGUCCAGCAAGCUAGUUUUUGCCUGCCAUAAAAUGACACAUUUCACAACUAUAGAUUUGGAUUAUCACCAAGAGGGGAGUAGUGGGUCUUUAGACUGGACCAGAUGAGACCCACAGAUUUGGGGGAUAAUGUCAUCCCAUUUUUUUCCGCUGGAUUCCAGAGCAACUUCGAGCCCAGAGCUUGGAAACUGAGUAAAAUGAUCCUCACAGUAAAGUGAAGAACAGACUCGGCACAGUGUUGAGCCAAAGAAAGCAGAGCCAGACACCCAGCUGUGUUCGAUACCCGCUGUGCAUCCACAGCAACUGAUGCUGGGUGUCUUCUUUAUCACAAAGAGUCAGCAGCUUGGCUAUAAAUUAGCUCAUUUAAUGACUGUGUGAGCCUGGCACUGACGAUGUGCUGACCAACAGGAUAAAGAGUCAACACACAGCUGCCUCCUUCCCUCUCUGAGUCUGUAAAGCUUCAUAAAGUCAUACGCACAGUGCUUGGACAUUAAAUUGCAUCACAUCACCGACUGACUGUUUUAUGUAUUCUUUUUUUGUGUCAUUAUCCCAACACAAUCCCAGGGUGCAUGCAUCAUCUUCAUAAAAGCCUCCUGUUUGACAACACCGUAAGGGUGUUGGUCCUAGAUAAAGAUCAUCACAGACUCUUUUAUCUCUUGUGCCCACACAGUUUGCACAUAUAUACUGUAUGGCUGCAUUUGUUUACAACUGCAGGUUUAGGCUUAGCCACAGGAUGUAAGUCCAGGCAUGGUGUUGGCUCCAAUGGUUUUCAAGUUUUGUUGCAUUGUUUAAAAACAAUUUCUCACAAUAUAAUGUCUGACAUUUUCUUCUUUUUUAAAACUAAAGCAGAAUGCAUCCAAACAUCAGCAUUUUAUUCUGCAGGUGCUGAUUUUGGUCUCUGCCCACCGCUGUUACCAUUUUAUUGACCAAACAUUAGUUGUUCAGUCACAAGAGGUCUAUUGACAACUUAAUUACAGAGUGGCAGCAUCCACAGCAUCUCCACAGGAGUGGGGCUUCAUUACAACAGAAAUAAUCCCUUCUAGGAUUUCCUGAAUCAGUCUUAUAAACAUAGCAGUGCACUGAUGAAUAAAUAUUUUCACUUAAUCCUGCUGAAUGACAAAUAUUUCCUUUGAAGCAAAAAGAGAGAAAAAACUCAAAGGCACUCUCUUGAUAACAUAAAAUGCCUUUAUUUUAACAGCAUGGUCAUGUAGACCUUAAAAGCAAACUUCAACGCGUUUCGGCAUCAAGCCUUCAUAAGAAAGUAAAGUAAGCUAGGUUGUUGUAGGCCCUUUUAAAGGGGUGCUUCUCUAAUAGGAAAUUGCCACUUGGCCUUAGAAGUUUGACCUACAUCUGAUGACAACUAAAAAUCCUUCCAAACCUUGGACGGUUUUUUGAAGACAUUUUAUAUUAUCAAGAGAGUACCUUGGAGUUUUAGCUCUCUUUUUGCUUCAAUGACUUUGUGAAUCCCAUCCCAAAGAGCACCUGAGACAAACUCUUUUUUGAGUUCAGGUAGCACUCCUUUUCUUUUGAAAUAUUUUCUUUUGCUUGGAAGCAUCUUUUAUCGCUCUGUCUUCUUGAGUUUUUAGUCGAUGAAGUUUGUGGUCCAGCUUGAAAAGGACUUGUAUAAUCCUCAACAUUUUGAAUUAUUGACAUCAAAUACAGGCUGUACUUUGGCAAAAGGAGGAUUUGUUUCAAUUGAACCUCCAAGGUCAGUAGUAAUUCUGUCAACAGUAGCAUGCUAGCUAAGGUUUGUAUCAGGGGCUAAUACCAUCAGCUGCUCUGUAUCCCAAAAAAUUCUCACUGGAAGUUCUGUGUGGAAAGUAUCUAUUCAAUCAUCCUUAUCCCCAAUAUUUAAACAUUAUAUACCCAACUUCAUGACCCAGCUGUGUUAAAUAUACUUGAUUAAGAUUUAUGUUUCAAUAGUACAUCAUAUCAAAGUAAAAUUAUGGGCUCUAUUUUCGUGCCUCGCCGGCAGCGUGGCGCAGGUGCGAUGUAAGUCAUGUCCGCCGCGCCGAUAAGGCAUGUCCAAGCACACUUUGGGAUUUUGGUGAGCGGCACAGCCCGGCGCAAGUAUCCCCACUCCCUAACUCAGUUCCUCCCAGCGGCGUAAGUCGUAGGGAGGGAGGAGAUAAGGCGUGGAGUGGGUUUAACACAGCUGAGACCUGUUUUUGCCAAUCACAUCAGCUCCUCUCCUCACCUUUAAAUGUGCCCUUUAAACCCGCCACUGGCGAGGUGUAUUACAAUUUUUGUGAAGUAUCAAGAGAUGGCUGAAAACAGUAAUGCCACAUGAUGGCGACAGAAGGCAGCCUCUCAACAAGUGUCACUGUAAGCGCUGUAUUGGGCGUCCUCCAAACUCUCUCAAAUAAGCACAGAUGGAUUUGGUGUGUGUAAAGUUGGACCCACUGGUAAGACAAACACCCUUUUCCACAAAUAAAGACACUCACAUAAAGUUGCAUAUAUUUAAACCUCACGUAACAAAGGUGGAUUGUGCGCACGGAUCACAACAUAAAUUCCAAUAUUGGCAUUAAAAUCGGAACCAUCUGUGCGUAAAGGACGCAUUGGCUCCGUGGCCUGGCUCUUUUUUUCAUUGAUGUUGGCAUAUGAAAUAAAUUUGGCCCACAAAACUGAAUAUUAUAAUAUUUGUUUGUAGGCUUAAAGUAAAUAACUCAUCUGAUCACUAAAACAAAUCAUCUGGUCAGCCUUGAUGCCGCAGCAGCAGCAAGACAGAGAGAAGACACAGAGACAUGUCCAGGUGGAGCUGCGUGAGAAAUAAGAGGAAGAUAGAAAUAGGGGGGGAGAUGAAUUAAAUAUCUUUUUAACCUCAUCGUGUGUGUCUAUUUACUAGAUAUUUAAUUUAAUUUGAUGCGGCUUAAGCUGUGUUAAUUCGGUCAGGUUGAGUGUCUGAAUGCGUGCCUAAUGCAGAUUUGAAUCGGUUAGCUUUCAGUGCACUUUCUAUGUCGCCGGCGAGCACGAAAAUAGCAGUGCGCCAGCUUAUUCUGUCGACACUUCCCCCUGCUGCGCCACCACGCCUGGCCUCGGUGCGCCUCAGUCCAUGAAAUGACCAAUCUGGCUGUACGCCGGGCUCCGCCAGACGAAAAUAUCACUGUGUGGGGUGCGCCACCCUCCGCCUCGCCACCGGCGGGCAUGGAAUUAGAGCCCUAUAUCUCAACAGCUUGGUGUUGUCGACAGAAAAAUAAAACUAAAAAACAUAAUAUAAAUGAAAAGAUAUAAAAAGUUUUUAUAUUUUCCACUCUUAGCUGCCGUUGAUCCCCAGCUGUUCAGUUUUUGUCUUUUUUAUCAGUUCCCUCCAUCCUGUCCCUGUUCUGCUGACUCUGACCUUGUCUGAUGCUGGCUGUUCAGUGAAGUAUUUAUCAGCAGAGAGGAGAACUAAAGAGAGGCUCAUCAUAAGGUGGAGGAGUCAGCAUAUAGAUCAGGAUUUAUGAGCGCUGUCAGAUGUUGGGAACCAGUGGCUCUAAUUGCAGAGAUGGAGAGCUCUGAAGGCCAUGAAGCACUCAGGAGACAGUGUCAGAUAUCACAGAGCUCCCUGAACAUCAGCGAGGUGCUCAGAAAGGUUAUGAUAUGGAUUGAUUGGACAUUAAACGGAGGUGAUGGCGCACUCAAGAUAAAUAGAUUAAAUGUAUUUAGAACUGCAGACAGUAAGGGAAAUCUUAAACAGUUUAUCUACCAUACCAUUUUGCACAUCCCCAUUGAAUGUGAAUUGUCUCUUUUUUAUAACUGAAAUUAUGGCAGAUAACUUUUUGAUUAUGUAAUUAAGGAUCUAAUAGCAGUAAAUAUCAAAGACACACCAAAACUGAGUUGUUAUUUAUUCAAAAUGAUAACUUUGUUAACACAAAGGUCACAUUCCUGGGAUAUCUGUCACAAGUAAUGAUUUGAUGAACCUGUCGGUCACCACCUUUCACUGACCUUGCUGCUCUUUGCUUCCUGUAUCCUAAUCUACUAAACCCCACUGGUCUCUUAAAGGAAGAACCGAGAUAGACCAAAGAGACUAAAGCUAGGGCAGUUUGUAAACAUUUGAAAACCUCGGCCCUUACGAAUGUUUAAAAUGACAAUUUAGCCAACACGGUGGAUUUGAAUACUAAUAUUUUGCAUUACUUCUUUGUAGCUCUUUUUGUCUGUUUUUUCAAAUGGGGUUUGAUGUAUCUGAAUAGUUUUCAGUCAUCCCUCAUCUUGAAUCUUACUGAAUCAUGUCUUACAAACUGCAUGUCGCUGAUCUUUCCUCAUAGUAAUACUGCUGCACUGCUGACAUUUUCUUUUUCAUGUUCAACCAUGUCUUCUACCCUCAGUUUUGUUUGAAUGCUCUUGCUCGAUUCAUCUCCAAGUAAAAAACCCCAAAGUGUUUGAGUCUCUGCCAUAAAAGGAGCUUUAAUGCUUCCUUAAUUAUCUACUUCAGGAAAGGAUACUCUGGAUGCUCUUCGCCAAACAAGAGAAGAAAAAAACACCCAUAAUUCUUAGCACCAAAUGAAGCUGUGCCUGAGUACUAGUUCAGGCAAGCCUAUCAAGCUGCAUUACUUUUACUCUUGCCAUGCAUCAUUCUCACUAUCACCUGACAAGUAUCCUGCUAGUAGAUGGUCUAUUUAAAGUGGCAGUUUUCCAGUUUCUACCUCUGCCCUUUAUCAGUGCUGUGCUCAGAUGCUCAGCCCAAGCAUCCACCUGCAGGCACUGACUGUGGGGCUUUAAGACAUUAGUUAGCACUGCUUCAUUUCUGCAUGUAAAGUUCAUCUGUGAGGAGCAAUGAUGUUUUGGAGCUCAGACACCAAACAUAAACCUAACCUCUACUGCAAUAAUUGUUUUGAUAAAUUUCUCAUGCACAAGCAGUGAGCAUGUUCUCAUGCAUGGCUAAGUUAAAAAUAAUUAUGUAUGAUUCUUCUAGAUAAAUAUGAGCAGUGAAAUUCUCAAUUUGACAUUUCACUUGAUAUGAAUUCAUGCACAUAAAGUUUACCCAAAGCUAAGCCAUUCUUUGUCAGAACAUCAUAUUUUUGCCCAUUAUAGAUUGAAUAAAUAAACAAAUAUGUAAAAUAUUUGUACAGUUAGGUGUUUUUAUUUGCACUUAAUAGAGCUUUAUGCAUAAUUUAAAAGCUGAUAGCAGGACAGAGCCAGUUAAGACUACAAUGAUAUUCAGAUUAGAAAAUAUCUGCUUAAUUUAAAUGUAUAUUAAAAGUAACUAUCACAACAGAACAGGGGACUAUUUCACUGUGUAAAUACAGUAAAAUAAGGGAUUAACAAUCAUUAAUAAAAUCAUGUGAGCUUGGUAUUCAGAAAAACCUCACAGAUGUCACAGCAGCUGAAGACGGUCCUGUCCUUACACAGAUGUUCUGCUUCAUAAUCUGUAAAAAACAAAUAAAGAGAAAAUGGUUUACACGGUGUGUGUCUGUGGCAACAACAGGAUAAGAACGCACUACACUUUUGUGGUCUAUCUGCAGUAGAUUGAAGUUGUCAGCAAAUUCACUUUACAUUAGUAACAUGGAUCUUUUGGGGCAGUUGGAUCUUGUCAGCAAUAAAUUGUUGAACAACAUAGGUGUUAAGAUACAGAUUAAAUCUGGCCACUGACACUGGAGCGUGGCCUUGUAUUUGCUAAGGCUGAUGUCUUUCAACAAAAUGAAUAUUUUUUGUUCAGAUCCAUUUAUAUAUUUAGGAAUGAUAUUAAAACUUUUUUUGAGGCAGCAAUGGCUUAGGUGUGAGCCCAUGUGUUCAGAGGCUACACUCCUCCUCUGGACUUGAUUUAAGCCUCAUUUGCUGCAUGUCAUUCUGUUCUUUGUCUUUCUCUCCUUGAAUUUCUUGUCUUUCCCAGGCUGUUUCUUGAAUCAAGACAAGAUUCCCCCCAAAAAAAUCAUCUUAAAAAGAAAACUUCACUCUAUAAAAUUGUAAUAUCUGAUUUAAAAAAGCAUAGUCUCUUGUAGUGACUCAGGUAAAACCUAUUACGAGUUGUUUGUUGACGACUCAGUUGCCUCAUCAGUGCAGCCAUUUGCUCUUUACCUGCACACACUUCUAAUUAUCUCACAGCCUCUUACAUAAGCUGCUGGAAAUGGUGAGUCCAGGCACGCUGUGUUGCAAAGCUGAUCAAUGCUCAUCGGGAUCUGUGGACCGGCCUAUCAUACUCCUCCCCUCCCCUCACAGAGCAUUAGCUGCUAAUCCUGUUAACUACUGAGGGGAAGAGUCCUUGACUGCUGCACACGCUCUCCUCUGCACCUUUGCCCCACAUGGUCGGACUGUACUGGAAGGGGUUAAAUACUGGUUAUAAUGGAGCGUUCUGUCAGCACUGUCUGCAGCACACGUGGCAGGGCAUCACAGCUAAGAAGAUCAGGUCAGAGCAGACAGGUGUGCUAAACAAUUUAUGACAUUAUAUAAAAAUGUCAAAUACUCUUUGAAGCACCUCUGAGGGAUUCUCAGUCUACACCAACCAAAACAUUUAAUCUUCGCUGAUUAUAGUCCUACAUGUGUGUGUCAUAUUUUUAACACAAAGAUCUAUUUUCUUUAAACAAAAAUGUCAGCUGCCAUGAAUUCUUCCUGUGGAAAAAUGUAAGAAAACACGGUUUUGUUUAACUAAACUACUAUAAGACACGGCAAUACGUGUGCCCUGAAAGGAUUAAAUAACACAAAUGAUUCAUUAAUAAAGCAAGACACGGCUAGUAAUGUAAAUGAUAAGAUGGCCAGAAAAUGUGGGGUUAGAGGCUCAUGUUGGCUCAACUCUGAUUGGUUGGUUGAUCUGGGUCAUGAACCAAUCGGGCACCUUCAGAUAAAUAUACUGGUGCAAGAAUACUUGAUUUGAAAGUGUCUGCAAACCCAGAAUCUGCAGAUUCAGUACCACAUUUUUUUAAAGUAUUUUUUGGGUGAUUUAGCCUUUUUUAUUGAUAGUUUAAGGGUGAAAUGUGGGGAAAUAGAGAGAGAGAGGGGAGUGGACAUGCAGUACACGGUUGGGGCUAGACUCGAACAUGCGACAGCUGCUGGGACCGUGGUCCCCAUACAUGGGGUGCGCUAACCCACUCGGCCAUCCACAAUUUUAAGACUUUGUUAUUUGCAGUUGCACAAUCUAGAGCACUGGAUUUUCAAUGGGAUUUGGGCGUAUUCAGGGUCAAAUCUCAUUUCUGUUGUGUGAGAGUUGACUGGAUUCAACUUCCCUGACAGCUGUUGCAGCAACACAGUGGUCUCAGUCCCAGAAUUGUGACCCUGAAACUGCAGCCUCUGGCGCUGCACUAUCAGAACUCACUGAGUCACAUAAAAACACACUCAGAGCACUCACAAUAUGAUGGAGUCAUGGUUGGUUUUAUUUUGCAGUUUAAAGCAGCCUUAAUGUUCUUUCCUCUUUAACUCUUUGUUUUUGUUGUUUGUGUUUUCUUCACAGUGGGAGUGUUCGUGGUUCAUCAUCCUGUGCAGUUCAUUCCUUCUGCUGCUCUUCUGGGCUUACUUCUGGGUGGUGGCUCAAAAUGAUAUCAACGAGUUCAACAUGUGAGUCUUUAAUACAAUAUGUGACUGUAUAUUGUUUACGGAUAAGAAUGAACUUGUGCGCGUUUCCUGUUUUCAGCAGCAGAAUGGAAACCCAAUAAAUAAGCAUGUGAUUACUGAAAAUAUACCAAGACUCAAUACUAGUGUGUAGUAGGAAGAAUUAUAAAAAAUGUGAAAUGUAAGACUAAGUGACACCAUUUCAGUUUGUUGAAUACAACAACAAAUGGUACAGCAAUUUGUGAACAGGCAAACAAGCUUAUAGCCCUGAUGUGGAUUAGAAACCCUUACAGUAUUGUCACUAAUGUAGGGUGACCAUACGUCCUCUUUUACCCAGACAUGUCCACUUUUUGGGGGACUGUCCAGCCCUGUCCGGGGGAGUUUAUAAAGUCCUUCAAAUGUCCAGGGUUUUGAAUGGAAGUUUUGAGCUAACCCAAAAAACUCUCAAAAUUCUCUCUACGCGACUCUGUGACUUCACCCCGUGUAGUAGUUUCCUCUUUUUGGGGAUUCAGAAUAUGGUCACCCUAACUAAUGUGAUGCAGAAAUAGGCACCAUAACAAAAACUGGUGCUUUCAAAGUAUUCAUCCAUAUAAUAUUUUUUUGCUUGUGCAAACAACUGGAUCUGUGAUUUUGAAACAUACAGUAAAUGUUGACUAGGAGGUGGCUGAAUAUGGACCCAAAAAUUGCAGGCUUACACAGGGAAGAGUUCAAGACAGAAGAUACUAACAAACAGUCCAGGUCAGAGCUCAGGUAAUCAGUCCACAGGGUUAACAAAUCCAAAGGAGCAAAAGCAAAGGUCAAAUUAAAGGACUAACUACAAAUACGGCUGGACUGAGGUGACCCAAGGGGACUCACUACAAACUGGCAACAGGAGGAAGAGCACACAGGGAUUAAAUACUCAGACAAUCAGGGGAUAAGGAGACACAGGUGAACACAAUAAGGACAGGGGAACAUCAAGCAGGUAAACAUGAGGAGCAGGAACUGGAAGACAGAGACAAGGACAAGUACCAAAAUAAAACAGGAAACAGUGAAACAGCCUCACUUGGACACUCGUAGAACUGCAGUUAUUGAAUGUAGCAUUAGUUAAACUUUCAGUGCUGGAGGUUACUGUUUGAUUUUACCACCCUGCAGGUCGGUGUACAACCACUCUGGACACUGGAGUGACGAGACGAUCCCUCUCCUGGCAUCCACCACCAUAGGAUUCACCUAUAUCACAUUCUUAAUGGUAGCCUCUUCAACCCCUUCAUCAUCAGCAAACUUACACAUUGUUUAGUUACAGUAUCACUCAUGGGUUCUCACUUCUCUUUCAGGUCUUGGCUUUUUUUCACAUCUCUUUAGGACAGCAGCUGAACCUCUACUGGGUUCACAAGGUAAUAAGAUUCAAAUUUUUCAUGUCUGAUCAGGAUUUCCUUCACACACUCUUUCUGAAUUAAAUCUGAGUUCAUUUUUGUCCUUUCCUCUGCAGAUUGGAGUGUUAGCUACUCUGCUCACCACCAUUUCUGGUAUCGUCUCUGUCGAGGAGCUAUGGAAGGACGAGUGGCACAUCCUAGUAGUCUCCCUGCAGGUUGGGUUACUUCUGUUUAUGUACUUUUUUUUUUUUUGUCUUUUGACUGAAUAAAAUGAAAUAAAUUUUGACUGUUAAAGAAAGAUAGGUCAUCAGACAACAGAACAAGGGAUUAAAGUUAGGAUAUUUUUAUGCCAACACAAAACUGAAAAAGCCUCUGAGAGAAGAAAAUCUCAGUGUCUCAGGGGAAUAAUUUCUAGAUAGAAAGAAUAAAGAAGAAUAAUUUUUUCCGCAUUUCAAUCCUCCAACCAUAGGUGGAACUAAAUAUCAAAUUAAUAAGGUGGGUUCAUGGCAAUUAAUACAGUUUAAUAUAACAAAACAUGUAGAAAAAAAUAGUCUGCAGCUUUGACGAUGUAAAAACAACAAACAAUACACAUAAUCUGUCUCUAAAAGGAGCUUUAUCUUUGUAAAAUAACAAAGUAACACCAACUAGACCCAAUAAAACACAAAAGAAAAACUGCUUUCAAAAAACAAAUUCGUACAAAAAUGCCAGAUUACAAAUUUUGACAAAGGUUUGGAGGAUGAAGAGUGAAAAAGAAGUACUUCUGGUCUUCUUGAGGAGACAGAUGCUGAGUAGCUGGUCGAUCUGUCAGGCGCCCUCCAGUCUGACAGAUCCUUCUUUUUAACCAAUCAUCAUGCUUCACCGACUGACAUCAUAGAUCUACAACAUAGACAAUACACUCUUAUGAACACAAACACAGCCUGAGCAGACAACAACAUUACAAGCCAGGACAGCUACUCUAACUGUGCCUUUUUUCUCAUUUCAUGAUUUACCUUUCUUAAUUUUUAUUUUUAUUUUUCUCACAAGUUGGCCCCAGAAGAUUUAUAAGAUCAUAUCUGCGUAUAAAAUAUAGUACAGCAACAGCUAUUAUCUGGUGAGCUGAUCUUUCUAUAAUGAAGUGACAUAAGGGGUAGGGGUUUCAUGGUUUCACUAAAUUUGACUAGGACAAAGGUUUUUCAAAAAGUGGUUAACUAGUCAUUUGGCCUAAGAUACAAAAGGAAUUAUACUAGAACACAGCGAAAAUUGAUGUAAUGCAAAUAUGUCAAGCUGUCCACUGUGAGUGUUGCACUAUUAAAAUUAGAGUUUAGCUGCAUAAAUAGAAAAAAAAAACUAAAAUGUGAAAACAUUUGCCUUUAGCCACACCAGCCCUCCUUCUCUGUGAUAUUCACUUUCCACUAUUUGACAAAUGACAAAUGUCCGGCUCGUGGAUUAAGCACUCGAGAAGUCGAUAUGUUUGCAAACUCCUUAAUAAGAGGUCAACUUAGAGCAACAACUGCGGACCAGAACAAGCAAAAGAAGAAGUGUACUGAUCUGAUUGUACCCAAUAACUUUUUUAAAAAAUUGCCAAAAAAAAAAAAAUAUUCCUGACAUAUGGAUGCCUUGAAGCUGCAGACCCAGACAGCUUAUAUCAAGAGGAAACACCUGAGACUCUUGUUGUUUUUUUUAAUGGAGGUUAAAAAAAGAAGAAAAAAAACAGGUAUUAAAGGUGCAAAACAGUACAAACUUAGUCCUUUCACACUUAAAAGUGCUCUAAACAGAUGUUUUUCCCCUAACUCUACAUUUUCCAUUUCUCUUUAGCUGUCUUAGCUAAUGAAAACAGCUUUUAAAAAUGUGCUCUGAUGAUCUUUAUGUUCAUCUAUUCAUGACAUAUUUCAUACAUUUACCAUUGAAUAUGUGUUGAAUAUUUGUGUUUUGUGAUCAGUCCACAGCUCCUUUCCUGCACAUCGGCGCUCUGACAUCAUUCACAGCUAUCAGCUGGUUGAUAGCUGGAUAUGUGGUCCGCAGAGACAGAUCCAGUAAGUGUUCAGUCUAAAUAAAAGAUUACUGUCAUUAUGCACACUGUCACUAUCAGAGUGAUGUCUACUUCUGAUUUACUCGACUUACACAAAGUUUUAAAAAACUGAAAACUUAUCUUAGCACCCUCAGUCUUUCUCCAGUAAAAUUUCCCGUUCUACUCAGAGCCACAGACAGAGUAAAGAUUUUAUUUUUACAUUCUUCCUCUUCUGAAUUGCAGCUUUCCAGGUGAUGGUGCUGAUAGUCUACGCCCUCCUCCUCCUGGCUCUGUAUCUGGCUCCACUCACGUUCACCUGCCCCUGCAUCAUGGACCGGCACAGCCUGACACAUCGACCUGAGGUCAUUGGCCGGCGAGGUGCUCCCAUGGUGAGUUGGUGCUUUACCAGAGUUCACUGUCUGAUCCUCUAAUUUGGUCAAGUGAAUCAUGUGCUCAGGAGUCAAAGCAUGGCACGGCCGGCAACAAUGAAGGGGUUGAUUUCCUCCUGGAGAUCUGGAGAAAUACACUCAUAAUACCUGACUGGCCAAAAAAAAAUGUAAGAAAAAGCAACUUCAUGAUGCGCUGUUGGCCUGGUGGUUCAAGCAUGUACCCAAUGUGCAGAGCCUUUAGUCCUUGUUGUAGCAGUUUUGAGGUCUUCUCCCAGCCAUGACCCAUUGCUGCAUGUUUUCCUCUAUUCUCUGCACACAACGUUUCAUGUCUCUCUCUUCAGCUGUCUUGUCAAACGAAACUAAAAGAUUCCCCAAAUGAAAAUUACUUGAAAAAGUACCUUCAUCUGAAGCUCUGAGACUCAAAAUAUGAAUAUCUCAGUCUCUUUCAUUUCUGUACAGUCAGCUUUGAGAAGCUUGACAGAUUGAUGGAUGGACAGACAAUCAGACAGAUGGAUGGACAGCAGAUAAUUGGACAUGAAAGUCAUUACUGAAAAUGACUGAUAGGGGCGACUGUGGCUCAUGCUAUCUCAUACUGUGUUCACAGACUGUGUGUGUGCAUGCCUCAGCACUUUACUCCACACUGCAGCGUCUUGUUCAGACACAGAACAUGAGUCUGCUGUUAUCAGACUCAGUGAGCGUGAGAAUCAACAACACACCAAACUGUCAUUUCACAGCCCGCCGAGCAAAUACUCUUCCACAUGACUGCCGGAAAACAAAUGUAGAGAUGUUCGGAGCCGUGUUCUCCCAGCCUCUGAAGGCCCAGACAAACACACACUCUCACACACAACCAUGUGCAUACACAGUAUACACUCAAACACACACAGACACACUCCUGGCUUUCUCUCUGCAGCUUUACUCAAGAGCUGGUUUCACAGAUAGUCUCGCAAGUCUAAUUUGAUUUGAAUCAGGAAAAUUAGAGUUAACAUUACUCUUUAUCAGACUGUGAGUUGACAGUUAACAGAAUUCUCCCUAAAUAUCUGGUACAGCUGAAAUGUUUUUAAAGUUUCCACAAAUCAGGCGGCAUGGUGGGGCAGCGGGUAGCGCACGUGCCUCACAGCAAGAAAGUCACCGGUUUGAUUCCUGGGUUGGGCAGGGCCGUGUGAAGUUUGCAUGUUCUCCCUGGGCAGUCCAGCUUCCUCCCACAGACCAAAUACAUGCUUAUUAGGUUAAUUGGUGGCUCUAAUUUGUCCUUAGGUGUGAGUGUGAGUGGUUGUUGGUCUCUCUAUGUCGCCCCGCAAUUGACUGGUGACCAAUUCAGGGUGUACCCCAUCUCUCGCCUGAUGAUAGCUGGGAUAGGCUCCAGCCCACCUGCGACCCCAAAAGGGAUAAGCGGUAUAAAAAUGGAUGGAUGGAGGGUUACAACAAAUUAAUUAUUUAAAAAAUAGAUAGAAUUACCGUUCUUAAAAAUAGUUUCUUUUUCAAACUCCUUCUCCCUUGUUAUGAAUAAACUGACAGUCCUCGCUCAUGUCUCCUCUCUGUCUCAGCUGGCUCCUGAAAACACGUUGGUGUCCUUUAACAGAGCGCUGCAGCACGGAGUCAGCUCUCUGGAGGCAGACGUCAGCAUCAGGUCAGUAAACACACCGUCACUCUGUUAUUUUCUAAAAUAUGGGAUUAACUCUCAGCGUGAUCUGAAGUGUGACUGACCUUUCAUCAAGACUGUUGUUGAUACAGAAACAUGUACACAACCUGGUUUACAACACAAUACAACACAAUACAAGAACUUUAUUUGUCCCCAAAGGAAAAUUCAUUCGUCUGGAAUCUCAUGAAGCAUUCUCUCUGGUAGGACAGCUAACAAACUGUGUAAAUCCAGUCAGGUGACAUGGUUAAAGUCUCCUGGUAUAAGUACAAGUGCUUCAGGAUGUUGUGUCUGUAUUCUAGCAACAGUAUUAUGGAGAAUACAUGUAAAUAAGUGUUUUUAUGAUAUGGCUGAACUCCCCUGGAACAUAAUAUGGUCUAAGAGCGACUGCCAAAAGUUCAAUAUCUUGACAACACAACUUCUCCUUGACAGUUACGUGUGAAGGGUUACACCAUCUCUGGUUGACAAAUAAAGCCAGACCUCCUCCUUUCUUCUUGCUACUAGCUUGAGCAUCUCUGUCUGACCUUAUGAGAGUGAAGCCAGGUAGAUUCACACUGGAGUCCCAGUUGUUCUGCACUCACGGUAUGCUUUCUCAGUCUUCACCAAUAACUCCAGCAUGUCCCUUUUGUUGGGCAGAGAGUUGACAUUUCCCAUGAUGACUGAGAGAAGAAAGGGUUUAUAUCUCCAUUUCCUAGCUUUCAACUUUGCCUUUAUCUUUGCACCAGCAUGGCAACCAAGAAAACACCUCCACAUUUAUAUUUGAAUUGGAGGUUGUCGUCCAGAUUUGCUCUGUCUUAAUGAAAGAAGGUCUUCUCUUGAGUAAACUUUUCUCUCAGCAGGUACAUCUAUCAGCAGCUGACAAAACAUGACAAAAAUAUGAAAAAUAGGGCAAAAAUUGCAGAAAAAUUCCACCAAGGCUAAUUUUGAUAUUUCCUGGGCUGAUUUCUUGAGUUUUAUAAACAUUUCAUUUCUUUUCAUUCAAGCUUCAACAAAGAAAAAAAACAAUUUCAGUUGUACAGAAAAACGUAACCGUCUGUUUUUCUUUUCUCCUCUCUCAGUGUGGAUGGCGUUCCCUUCCUCAUGCGUGACAGCACUCUGAGACGGACCACAGACGUCAGUAAAGUGUUUCCAUCCAAACAAUACGAUGAAGCCUCUUCCUUUAACUGGACUGAGAUCCGCUCUCUGAAUGCAGGACAGUGGUUUCUAGAGGUAACCGUGUCACCUCAUCCCACACUGAUUUGCUAAUUAAUUGAUUGAUUUGAUGAGUGAUUGAUUAAGGGAUUGAUUGUAUUUAAUUACGUGUCGUGUACACAAAGCACCUGCUCUCAUGGGUUAACAAGACAACGGAAUUAUAGUUUCAGUGGUGGAAUAUUUCAUCUCUGAGCCAGUGUCAAACUCUGUAUUCUGACUUUUCUCUCAGGCUUUGCAUAUAAACUACAACAAAAACUAAUGCAUCACUCAGGCUUUAUAUAACUGUCCAAGCAUAAGUAAUCAGCAUUAAAUCAGAAUAUUUGGCUGAAAAUGACAUCCCCUUAUCAUCAUAGACAGGACAAUAAAAUAAAAAAAUGAAUCUUAUUCUCUGACUUACUCAACAAACAAACCCUGUCCUCCUCCAGAGUGACAUGGACUCUGCUAAUUUCUAAAGCUGAUGGUGAUGUCCCUGAACUAAUCACAGAGGGAUCUUUAUCUUUUACUUCAGUUUUACUUAGCAUUCUGAAAUUAUUCUUUAUGAGAUGAUAAGCAUGAUAGUUUUGGUUUACACCAUAUUUCAUCAGACUUAUUUUUCUUUGUAUGUAAGAAACAAGCUUCGCUUAGCCUCUUCAACAUAACAGAGUAAACUAUUAUAGAAAGUAAAUAAUAAACCAUUGAGCAAGGUUCAGGUUUCAACUCAUUGGAUCUAUGAUAAUAAUAAAAAAGCAUCUAUGUUUACAUGUCUGCUCUAAUCUGGAACAUUUCACAUUUGUGAUGUUUUGAGGUUCACAUCCUAUAUCUCUUUUUAAAAUUUAUAAAGCCCCAAGACAGACCUAACAUCCCUGGCAUACAGAUUCACAACUAGUGAAUUAGUGUGGUAUGAACUUCAUUUGAUACAGAUCACAGAGCUCUACCAGCUGACUGAGUCUGAACACCAACACUUACAGCAUCUUUCCAUCCAAUAUAGUUAUUAUCAAAGUCCUUUUGAAUAACAUGUCUUAAUCAGAAAUGGUCAUUAGUCAUUAAGUUAAUUUUCAGGAAAAUGACUCUCCCAGGUUUUGCUGGGGUCCUGUAGGAGUUACAUAGGUAACGUGAGGCAAUGAGUUGUUUUCCAGGAGCUUUUGUCAAGUUUAAAAUAGAAUCUGAAACAUACAUUUGCACAAGUAAAUAUGUUCAAUGAUGACUAUAUCAUUUAACCUUCGAAAGACCUGCCACAUUAGCUGUAUUUAUGCUUCAAGAUUAUAAGUUUGAUUCCCUGUUGAAUCAGUCCACAUCAUGAUGAAGUAUCCUGUUGUAAGGGAACUGCUCCCAGAUUACUCUUGAGGGUGCAGCCACCAAUAAAUGAAAGAGCGUGUAUGAUUAUAUGAAAUCCUGAUAGACAGCCUGGCACUGUGUAAAUCCCCUCUGCUGUCAGUGUUAGACAAUGUGCGAGUGGGUGAAAGCUGGCAUGUAGUGUAGAAGCACUUUAAAGAGCUAUAGAAGUGCAGUCACUUCGCCAUUUAGGGAAAAUAAAUACAGUGACAUAGUGAAUUUGAGUUUUACACAACAGACUUAAAAAAUAAAAUUUUGAUGCAUCAGUAAAAGAGGAACAGAUAUCAACAUCGACACAGUAAAUAUCUCAAAUGACAAUUUAUUUGUAUAAAGUGUACCUAAAAGUUACUAAUCAUUCUUUAUGUUGGAGAUCUUCUGAUGGCUGGUGUGUGCCAUUUCUGUACUCAGGGUCUAAUAAUCUAAGAGCAGGUUGUGGCUUCUAACAACGCCAAGAAAAAAAAAUCAAAUAGCGCUACUGAUAAAGUACAACUAUACUCUCCAAAUCUGUAGCUCUUUGCAGUUUGCUCUGGAAGGAGCUGCAAGUAUCUUCACCCCACUGAUCAGAGCUGUGCACUCUCAUCCUGACAGCCCUGAAACAUAUCCAUGUGUGAUGAGCUGGCUGGAGCAGGACACUCCUUACCUGCUUGUGGUGCAGUCAAUUAAUAGCACAUACUGUUUGUAGAGCAGCUUGUUCAGAUGAAAUAAACAAAUUUAGAAAUACAACUCUCCUGUGCAUUACAGAGCAGGACAGAGUGUGCAGGGGUCGAGCCUCAGACUAGUCAGUAUACUAAUAAUAAUAAUCAUAUAAUCCGAUUGUGAAUCAGACCCUCAAUGCAUGGUUCUGUGUCCCCCUGUUUAUAGAGCGACCCCUACUGGACAGCAAAAACCCUGACAAGUAGAGACAGGACAAGAAUAGCCAACCAGACAGUCUGCAGUCUGGUGGAAAUGCUGCGUUUGGCGUCCAGAGCCAACAGCUCCGCCGUGCUGGACAUUCGCAGGCCUCCGCCAGAUCACCCUCGCCACCGGAGCUGGUUCAUGGACACGCUGUGGGCCGUGCAGAAAGCAGGGAUCUCCAAGGAGAGGGUGAGGACUGUAGGUCAACUAUAAUAAUACUUUGAUCAUUUAAAAGGUGCUGCUUGUAGUAUUGAAAAUGCAAUAUAUCUACAACGGUCAUCAAACCAGUGAGACAGUUUACUAAACACUACACAUGGUAUUAUGCUAUCAAUAUAAAACUGACAUUAAAACUUCUACAAGCAGCAUCUUCCUUCAAAAAUAUAAAACAUUUCUGUCCAUGGAGAGUAUGAAGCUACUGUUUUCUGUCUGAUCAGGGUCUUUUCUUGUUAUAUGUGUUUGUGCCAGGUGACGUGGACCCCUGACACGGACCGGGGGAGGGUGCGUGGACUGCAGCAGGGCACAAAUGAGAAGCUGUCAAUCAAAGAGAUUAGGCAGAGAGGAAUCACAAGCCUGAACCUUCACUACAGCGAGGCCAACCACGAAGACAUAGAGUAAGAGCAGAGCCCAGAAAAUCAUGACGGAGAUGAGAGCGAGCUUUUUAUUUUUACUCUGAGCGCUAUCUGAAAAUCAUGAAUAGGAAAUAUCCAGCAGAACAUCCCCCAGUUCACUGGGUUAAUUUGCAACAGGUUUGUAUCACGAAUAGUAUAAAAAAAAGGGCACCAGAAAACUUGAUGCUCUUUGAAUUAAAAUAAAUAACAUCAAAAACACCCUUCAUGUUGUUUACUAAUUAAAAAAUGCCACCAGAACUAACUUUCCACAGUUUGAUCUGACAUAUGUGAUCAGGUUGUUUCUAGCAAUACUUUGCUAUUGAGAAGUAACAUAGUUGUUCUAUUGACAAAUCAGAAUCAAGUAUUUAACAUUGAUAAUCUGUAAUUAAAUGAGUUUAACCUUUCAGUGUUGUAGGUCACUUGUAUAACUGUUGCACAAAAGUAAUAUUGCAUUCAGGUCAUGACGUACUACUGAUUAUAAACAUGCUGUGAUUGUCUUCGGCCCCCUGCCUGUGGCCUCAUGAUCACAUUUCAGCCAUGUUCAUAUUCAGUACAUCUCCCAUACUUGUGUAAUAUUGCUAGACUGAUAUUUGAAAUGUCUUCGAUCCACUUUAUGAUAACUGUGUAUAACUGAUUAUGCAGUAAACAGGCACAUAAAACCCCACAAGCUUCCAACCAAAGUUUAAAGUUUAGACAAUAUGUAAAACACUGAUGAAAACAAAGUUUAAUUACGUGAAAAUCAGUUAAAGCAAUGACUGAAGUGGAAAUAGUUCAAAAACAACAUGUCAAAUAUCAGACCACAUGAAAACAUUAAUAAAAGGAAACAUUGGAUAUGAUGUCUUUUUAUUAUUCCCUACAGAAGCGUAUUGCAUUCACCAAACAAAAAAAAAAAAAACAAUCUCAGUUUUCAGGGUAUUUUUCUAUGUACUGUUUUACAGACAAAUUUUCUUUCUUUUUUUCAGAGUAAUUUUUUGUUUCUUUUCUGUUUGUCGGACUAAUUUUUUUUUUCUGUUUUAUAGAAUAUUUUUCCCCUGUUUUUUUUUUUGUUUUGUUUUUUAGACCAAGUGUUUUUCCUAUUCUCUGGGAUCUUGAUUAUUUAAAAGCUGAUGUUUUGAUCCCGCUCUGCUCGAUUUAUUGGAAGCAAACAUGGCCCACUUGUUUAGUUUUGUCAAGUUUACUGUUUGGGGGGGUUUAAAGCACUGGGAGAUACUCUUUUCUUUAAGUCAGACAGAUGGAAUCGUCAUAAGUUUGUCUACUUUGCGCAGGCACCUCAGGAUUCGCAUACCUGUAGUCAAAGUUAUCAGGGAGCUGGAGAAUACGCUGAUUUGGAGCAGCAGUGGUGGUUAACGUUAUCUGAGAUUCUCACAGGAUUUUGAAGUAUCUCACUUAGUCAGGAAAAACAAACAGUCUAAUAAACAGAACGACAGAAAAAAAUGUAAUGAAAAACAGAAUAAAAAUUAGCCUGAAAAACUGAAAAAAAGGGAAAAAAUAUUGGUACAAAAAAAAAACAGAAGUAAAAAAUAGUCUGAAAAACAGCAAAGAAAAAAAAUACUCAAAAAAAGUUUCCUUUUUUUAUUUGUAGGUGAAUGGAAUAGGCUUCCAUGAUUUCCAAUCAAAUAUAAGAUGUAAAAUAUUUUAAAGUACUCUUCAAUGGACCUUUUGAUGAGACAGAGCUUUCUAGCAUAUAAAGCAUACACAGUUGGUCUCCAUCAUCAUUAAAGUGAGACAUACUGCACACAUGAGUUUAUCACAUCUGUUGAAUAGUUUGAUGUUAUCAGGAGGUUCAUUGGAAGUAUAAAAACAUCUGAAGUGAUAAAUCCUGUCUGUGCUGGGACAACGGUGUCAGGGGAGCUCAGUUGUGAACAGGUCGUGUCUGUUGUGUUGACAUGUAUGUGUGUUUCCUCUCCUCAGGGAGUACCUGGCCAAUAAUGUGAGCGUGACAGUUUACCCGGUGAAUGAGCCCUGGCUUUACUCCAUACUGUGGUGCAGCGGGGUGCAUUCUGUGUCCUCUGAUGCCCCCCAAGUCCUCCGAAAGGUGCCUUACCCCAUCUGGCUCAUGGUAAACAGUUUCCCUCUCUAAUCUGACAGCACACACACACACACACACACACGCACGCACGCACGCACGCACGCACGCACGCACGCAUGCACGCACACACACACACACACACACAGACUCAGACAAGGUCAGGCAGUGAGAUGAGAGGACAGCAGGAGAGAGGACAGAGACUGACGAGGGCCCAGCAAGACUUGAGGGCAAGGACGCAGAGAAUAUGAGGGAUCUCAGCAGCAGACUUUCACUCAGUGUGGUUUUAGAGAACAAGAGAAUCAUGGGAAAUUGUAAAAAGGACAAAACCACAAAGCAGCUGUGUUCCCUCAAUCAGAGCCUUGUGAGCUUUGUGUUUGCUCACGGUGACCUCUGCUGGUUCCACUCUAAACUCACUCUCACUGUCUUUUCUUGCAGAGCCACCACGCUUUCAACUUCAUCUGGAUCACUUCAGAUCUGGUCUCCCUCUCUGUAGUCAUAGGGAUCUUCUGUUAUCAGAAGUAAGUGCACACUGUGAUCACACACAUUCAUCCAAAUUCAUCUUCCUCUUUCCAGGAUUAUUCAAUACAUUUACUUUAAAGCAUGUUCAUGAAGCAGGUUCUUAUACUACGCAGCAACAGCAUUUAUAAAACAUCAUUUAGUAAAUGAACCAAAGUAGUUUUUAUUCCUUAUUCCCCCAGUGGCAGCAUAUGUACUCCUACCAGUAAAUACGAAUUAAUAUGACACACUUGUUGGAUGUGGUUGCUGUGGAAAUGAUCGAUUAUCAUUAUGGCAAAUCUGUGGGUACAGAUUAUAAACCUGAGGACGGAUUUGUAAUCCAUGUGCCCAGAAUCACCUCCUUUGUUUUCUUGACCUGGCACCUGCGGGCCUCCGUAGAUGUAUGUUGUGUAUACAAAGUGAAGCACUGAAAGAUUUCCAACAAGCAUACUCUUAAACUGAGGAUCCAGUUUAGGUUGUUGUUUUUAAAAACAGAGCAUGGGUUGAUGAUCCAUCUGAUACUCUAGUUCUCCAGCUGGUUUGUCAACAAAAUGGCAGAGCUGACUUGGAUCUCCUGUCAGUAAGCACCGGAAAUAUUUGCAACCAACCUCUCUUUAAACAACCUAACUGUUUCUUGAUGUGUUGUGGAAAUACAGUGAAUGUGUUUUUGUUGAUCUCUUUGUUGGAGCAAACUGAAGUUAAACUGUAAGAAGCACCAUUGAGAGCACAUUUCUCUGCUCCUGUUUUAUUUGGAGUGCGGUUGAACUUGUUGACAUGUCUCCUCUGAGGCUGCAGAGUCUCUUUUCCUGCUCACUCUGCUGCUUCUCUGACAUUUCCACUCUGCUCAUUCUCCCUUUUUCUUUUCCUUUUUUUUUCAUUCUGGACUCCUCACGUCUGCCGUCUUUAUGUUUCUGCUCUGUGCUAUAACCUCUCUGUGUCCUCUCUGUCCUCUCUCCCUCUUUCUUUCCCCUGACAUUUCUUCUCUGUCCUGCACUCUGCCUGAUCUGCAUGCGUCCUUCCUCCGCUGCCCCCCGGCGUCUGUCAGCUAUCAUAUGAUCAGGUAACUGCUGCCUCUGCCUCGGCCUUUGUUGCUGCUCCUCAUCUGUCCUUCUUUUGCUUUUUCUGCCCGACACCCUCAGGCUGUUUCCUUCCUCUCUGUUCUUGUUUACGUCUUGUGUAUCUUUGUACAUUCUCUCAUAUGUGUCUGUGUGUGUUUAUAUGUAUCUGUGUGUAGACACCAAAACUACGCAGACUCUCUCUCUCUCUGUAUAGCAGAGGGACCUUGUCUGUUACUUAGACUGUUCAUGUUCGAGUAAGAGCUGCUGGAUCCCUCUCUGUGCUUGAAGUCAGUUUGGGUUGCUUCAUGUAUAACUGAGCCAUGUUAUAAUAUAUAUUUUUUGUCAUCUUCUCACUGGAAUAAAAUCAAAGUAAAAUCAUUUUCUAAUGUAAAUAAAGUAAUUUAAAAAUCAUAUCAUCAUAUUACUAAAAAGAAGUUGUAUUGUUACAAAAAUAGUUGUAGUUAAGUCAUAAUAUUACAAGACUAAACUCGUUAUGUUGUGAGAAUCAAGUGGUGAUAAAGUCGUAGUUUUUGUUUGCAGUGACUUUACAGUGACAAUUGUUGACUGAAGUAACAACUUUUAAUAUGAUUUUAGGACAACUUUAUUCUCAUCAUAAAAAUCAUUCUAUUGCAGCUUUAUCUGUGUAAGAAAGUGACUUAAACUUUUUUUCUAAAUGUAAAAAAUGAAGUUUAAUCUUAAAAAUGUGUAACAUGGCCCCGAUACUGUAUUUCCUCUUUAGAUCUAAGGAUACAGUCACUCAUAAAACAGUUCCAAUUUCCUUUGCAUCUUUUAUAUAUGAUAACAUUUUUAUUUGUUUUUUUUUUUAAUAUAAUUGUAUUCUUAUUUUUAUUAAGUGACCUUUUUACUAUCUGACAGUGUCUGUCUGACCUUUUCUCAUGGCCUUGUUGCAUCAUUGCUUUUCAUUGCCCAUCUGUAAAAGUUUCCAGUGGGUACAGUAAUGAUCUUGAAUCUGGAGCAUUUUAUGGUAAUGACUAGUCAAAAUCUUAGUAUACACAUAUAUUAUGCAUACAACAGACAAUCCAACUUCCACAGCAUGAAUAUACUUGAAUAUUUGCAAAACUGCUAAGAAUUUAGGAAAAAAAAUUGAGCGCAGUUUUUACUUUAAUUGUUCGUAAGCUUUUGUAAAAUAUUGUUGUGACAGGCUCCUAACCUGCCUCAACUAAAAACCUUUAACUCAGCCCCAGGUUGGAAAAAAAAGUUAGCUUUCAGGCUUUUAAUCUGUCAAAGAAAAGCCACCACAUGAUGCUCUUUUCACCCUCCCUCAUUGACUCAUGUUUUAAAAUCAAUGUAAAGAUCUCAGUGCUGACCUUUAAGGCCACCCAUGGUAUCUCUCCCUGCUUUGUAUUUGCUCUUUUGAUCACACGGUCACUAGUGUGCAGACUAGGCAUAUGCAGUCAUAUGAUGAUUUAUACUAGGUUGAGAUAUUUUGGAGUCUUGUCAACAUCUGUAAGGUCAGCCUCGGCAUUCCCCAAUUGAUCUUGAUGGUUGCCGGUAGAGCUAAGUUGAGUGUUGCCAGAUAUUGGAUCAUAAUCUCCAUCCGGUUGUUACUGAUGUUUCUGUGUGACGUUACAGGUGGAAGAUGAGUGGGAUGCAGAACUAUAACCCAGAACAGAUCAUGCUGAGUGCUGUGACACGUCGGACCAGCCGGGAAGUGAACGUCAUGAAGGAGAAGCUCAUAUUCUCAGGUGCAGCUUUGAUAACAGAGUCAGAACUGAAAGGCUGGAGCUUCACAGACAAAACUGGCAUUAAAACUGAUCUGAAAUACAGUAAAUUCACAAGUUAACUCUUGUGGAGGGCACACCAAAAAUUUAAAUGUGUUUUAAACAAGGAAGUCAAACUUUGAAAGCAGUACGUCUAAAGUUGAAUGUUUUUACCACUCGGGGGCGCCAAAGUUUGACACUUUUAAAUUCUUCAUUCAGCAGUUACAACUAAAGCUGUACUCAAAACAUGAAAUAAUGUUUUUUUUUUCUUUUAGUAAAGAAAGUUUUUGAAACUUUUUAAUUUAUUUAUUUUAUUUUUAAAUCUUUUUUUAUUUUUCCCAGAAAUUAACAAUGGAGUGGGCAGUGCAGAAGAGCUCUCUCUGUAUCCUGAAAACGGGUUUGCCAGAUAUUCUCACGGAGGCCACCGUCACUGAUCAGAACUCCAGGACCUCAACACUAAACACUGCAACAGGAAAUCUGUCGACAUUGGUUUGAUUUUAGAGUUUUACUGUCUGGACAUUAGCCUAAGCCUUGCAAUCAAACAUUACAGACACUAAAACUUCUCUUAAGUGUUGAUGAAAGAUCAGUCUGACUUGUCAGUAACUUUUGCAAGUUAUGUGAAAUACACUGUAUGUCUAAUCUGGUGUAACUGUGUGUUUAAAUCUAUUAUAAUCCUGAUUAGACUGUCUGAGGGAGGAUCUGAGACCGAGAGAAAGGACAAGAGGUUCUUUUUUAAUGAAGAUUUUAAAGGCUAGCUGUUAAAUCAGUAAGUGUGCCAGGUAUAAAGAAAAAAAAGAACUGUCAGAAUGGGACAAAUGGAAUUUUUGUGUUUUCAUUUUUUUUCUUUUCUUUUUUUUUGUUUAUUCUAAAUGAGUGUUAUAGUCACAUCGUGCACAAAAACUGUUUCAAUCAUUUGUAUGUUUAUUAUCAUUUGUUUAGUUUCAGGCACUAAAAUUAAAAUUCAUUUUAUUGUUUUUGCAUUUUUUUAACCUCAUGCCUAACACGUUGUCCUUUUUAACUCUCAGUGAUGUCAACAUUCAUACAUUUUUCAGUUAACCUUUAAAGACUUUUUCUUACAUUUAGUGUCAUUCAUUAGCAUAUUGUAGCAGCGUGGACACAUGGCUUUAAUGUUUCUCUCCCUUAUUUCUUCCUUUUUUCAUCAUGCAGUUUGGAAACAAAAGUUAAACUGAGGUCAAAAUUUAAUUUCAAGAAAAACAGUCAAAAGUUAUUUGAAUGAAAGAUCUCUCAAUCCAUCCUGUUUCAAUGCACAUACUAAGAAGAAAAUGUACCUCCUGUCUUUUUGUUCCUUGUUCCUGGCCCUUAUACUCUUCUGUUCGUACCAGGUCAGCUGAAAUUACGACAUGUCUGAAAAAAAAAAGAUUAUUUUCUUCCUGAACAGGAACUUUUUAAGGACAUAAAUUUAUGUUUCUUUGUUAUCAAAAGUUUCUUUGAUUUGCAUUUUUUAAAAUUACUCUAAAAUUCCAUGUAGGGGUAAAAACACUACCAGACUAGCAAAUUAGCACGAGUGGCUUCUCACAAAGUUGUAUUUAAGUCUCAGUAGACCAAUAUUUUGUAUUUUUCAUGUACUCUGCUGUUUUUUGUAAAGAUAAAAUGACCUGUGUAGUGCUCUGUAUCAUGAGGUGAUGUGUAAAUAUGUGCUGUUUUUAUUUUUUUCCCUCUGAGAGGAUUUGAAUUAAUUGAAUUUAUAAGUUUUUCAUUUAUUGCUAUCAUGACUCAUGUUUUUAUAUCUAGGGUGUGAUGAGUGUGGGCAAAUGUAAAGACUUGUUUUCUUGCUGUUUCUUUGGGUCAGGGGAAUUUGAGGGUGUGUCAUGGUCUGUGUUUAAUUUUGUACUGCCUCUGGACUGUCAUGCCCUGACUGAUUUACUAUUUAGUUUUAUGAUAUGUUACAACUUUCACAUGGCUGCCUUUUUGUUUGAUGAACAGACUUUUAGAAAAUAGAAAAACUUUUUGUGCUUUGAUUUAUCUACAGGGGCUUGAAAUGAAGGUGUGUGUAGACCUCUGCUUGCAGACAUUUGAACCAUUUAAUAAAAUUGAUGUUUUCUCUUUCAA